CUUGGACUUCGACCAGCCAGGCACCGUAGAGAUUGACAACCGACAAGACAACACCUCGGCCCUGAGCCCUCAACUAUUCGUCAGCACAAAGCCCACGGCCUUCGCUGAAGCAUGGAGCCACUCUUCCCCGACGCCGCUGACCGCGAGAGGCUGCUCAGCCCGCCAUCAUCCUUCCCUCGACGGAACACGCGACGGCCGACAUUUGAUGAAAUGAUGGAGAGAAUGGACGGAUCCAGUGGAGAUGAAGUCAAAUGGGGGAGCCCACCCGUGGGGCAUGCAGCUGAUCAACCGUCCUCAGUCCGACACGUUCGCCGCUACCCUGAUGCAGCCGACGGCCACGAUGACGAUCACGUGGAUUUCAACACCCUUAUGUCAGCUGUUGGGACGUCUGCGUCGGUCAAGUUUCAUGAUUCGAUGCGGAGUGACGACGGUGAGGGGAGGAUCUUCGAUAGGGGCAGGUGGGUGUUCCCUGAGAGAAGAAGGAAGACGGCCGUGAGGCGGGAUGAGCGGGACGGUGGGAGGGUGCGGCCACCAUCGGGCCUUUUGGAUAACCAGUCGCCGCUUGUGGGGGUAAGUGAACAGACCCACGGACGAACAGGGCUGGCUCCCCACGAGGUUGAUGUGGAUAUCUGUGUGGUUGUGGUGGCUCCAGAGGCUCGAGGAGGUGGUACAGCUGCUUGCUGUUCUAGCCAACGCCCAGAAUCUGCUCAACAACAUUCAGCUGAGACACAGACUCCAAGGAUCAUCGCCUUCUCCAGCAAGGGAGCCAGCACCACCAUCCCCCUUGCCGUCGCCCCCACGGCACGCGCAGGCCGUCCAGGCGGACAUGAAGGGAGACACGUUACGGAAAGGGACCAGGAAGGGCGGCGCGGCGCUGUCUCCCAUACCGUCGUUCGGCACCCUGCCGAGCAUGCAGCAGGGCCCACCUGCUGGUCCAAGUGUCAGCCCCGUCUUUGAGGCGUCUCAGGCGUCGCCUUCCCGGCCGCCGUCGCCCCUCACCCACUCGCCGCCUUCUCCCCACAUUAACGAAGAGGAGCUGGCUGUGCGUGUAGCCAGCGUGAUGCACAAGUUUUGUGAGCAGUUCAACACGUAUGCCAAGGAGAUAGAGGAGAGGAUACGGCUGCUGGACGCUGCUUCCAGGGAGAGGGAGACCAGAGCACGGCAUAGGAGACGCAACAGAGGCGAUGAGGGCCGCCAGCCGUCAUCCAGCGAGGCGUCGACACCGAGACGGCCGCAGCCUCCCCAACCGCAGGCACAGGCACAGCAGCUGCCGUCCGCCCCGCCCCCUCUGUUGGAAGCACCGCCCGAGGGCCCACCUGAGCUGAAAAAGAAGCCACCAGAAGACAAGAAAGAGAAGAAGGAGAAGGGCAAAGAGGGAGAGAGUAGAGAGAGCAUCCCCCAGCUGUCUGCCGACGCCAAGGCGAUCAUCCAAGCCAUAUUGUCGCGGAACGGGAGGGAGCCUGACGAGGUCGACAAGGCACUGCAGAGGGUGAUGGCUUCCAUGGCCACGGGGGUACACAGCGCCCCGGACAUGCACACGAGGUGAGAUGAUGGAUGGGCCACGCUGCGAGAACAGACUCGCUUAUGCGAUCUUGGUUUGUCAUCAGCAUGUCUCGCCCAUGCUCGCCUGCCUCGGCUGCUGGGAACACUCAGGCCAGCUGGUCGCAAAUCGCACAGGUAAGGCUUGUCCGCAUACACGACCACGAAAUGCAAUAUCUAUGUAUCUGUUCGCUUGGUCGGCUGGCUGGCUGGCUGGCUGGCUGCAGCAACGCCCCGUGAGUCCCUUCAGCGUGCCUGUGGCCCCCUCCACCCCUCCGCACGCAAAUGGCGUCAUGCCCGUCGAAACAUUCAAGGUAAACGGCACCUUGUCUCAUCGAUCCCUCACCUCAGACCAUUCAUGUCGCCCUCCCUCUCUGUUUGUCAUCUGUUCAGCGUCAAGUGUCGAGUGUGUGGACUGAUUCGUCCGCCUCUCCCUCACCCCAUCCCCCCCGCCCUCCAAGUGCAGCCAUGGCCGUGCCACCAAUCCACCCUGCUUACCACUCACACACGCGCCACGGACAUGAGGAUGUGAGGAUGAGACAGCCACCGCCGAUGGCCCACAGCCAAUAUCCUUACCCACGGCCUGAGCCUGUGGACACCAACCGUGUGCUGGAGGACGGACAUAUGAGGAGAAGCCAUGAGAGGGAACCCAGGGAGCCGCCUCUCCCCCCACGGCAGUCCGCCAUGUCUUCUCGGCGAUCCUUUGUGCCGCAGGACGGCGCUCUGUGGGCGGCAUAUAACCCCAAUCAGGCGAGACGGCAGUCGCCACACAGCUAUCAAGAGGGGGAGAGGCUCCAGUCGCCCUCUCCACCCACAUCACGAGCUCGUCCAUCGGUGGCGUACUCGACAAUCCCCACCCCUGCUUCUGCUCCGUCCCCCCCUGUCCGCAUGGGUCACGCUAUUCCGCCUGCAGUGCUCCCCCAAGACGAGUACUAUUCACGGUUCCCCUCUGCUUUGCUCGAGAGUGGCCUGCCCAGCUCCUCAGUGCCGCAGCUUGGGGGAGGGGGGCCGUCCAGCCCGCAGCCUCCCCGCUUUUCUAUCGACUCUUCGUUCAGCCCAAGACACUCCCUCGCUCAGCAAGAGACAUCCGGCAGCAGGUACUUCUCCGCCAUGCCGCGCUAUUCCGUGUCGCCCGACAGCAGCGUCAACAGGAUGUCGAUGGCGAGCAGCAACGUGGUGAUGAUACCCAGCCGUGGGCCACCCCUUCCUGCCGUCCACCAGCAGAGGCCCAGUCUGGAGCCACACAGGGCGGGUCGGAGCAGCUUACGAGGGUCUGUGGCGUCGCUCAUGGCCCCCAUAUCCCCCCCUGUCCACCGUCCGUCGAUCGCUGUGGCCACGCAGGUGUCGGACUUCACCGACACUGAAGAGGAGGCGCCUCUCACAGCCAAGGCCAAGAUGCCCCCUGUGUCCAAGGGCGGUGGGGCGCCGCCCCCCUCACCCACAACGCCCUCACCCUCAGUGUCUCCUCCACCAUCACCAUCCCCCCCACCAGCAAAGAAGGAGGCAGAGGUUAAGAAGCAGCCAGCCCCUCCCAAGAGACCUCCCCCACCAAAGGGCAAACAGGUGGUAGCCAAGAAGAAGGAGGGACAGCCACAGGAAAAGACCGUGAAGGUCACUUAGCGCAUGUGCAGUAAGUAGGUCAGUGUGUGGCGUGUCUCGCUAGGUCGAAUGUCUGGUGAAUGCUGUCAUGACUUGAGGCGGUGUUGAGAAGAAAGACUUUUGUAUGUGCAGUAAGUCGACUGCGAUGACUUUGGUGUGAAU